UGUUAGCACAAAUCGCCGCCGGUGCUUGCUUAAAGGUUCAGGCUGCGAGUAGUUAGGACACUCGCUCAGCUCUCUCCAUCUUUUGCAAGACGAGAAAAAUAAAAGGAGGAGAAAGGAAAUGAAUGUGCAUCAGCUGGGAGCACAAGGCAGGAAGCGAAGAGCGAUAGCCGAUAAAUAGACGAGUGGUGGUUGCCUUUGGCUAGCUGCUCCUACUACCAAAUUCUUACACGAUGAGCUACGACUAGAGCCACCUCUGCGUCCUGCUAGUUCGGUGAGGGAGUCGAGUCGAUUGGCACCGAUCGAGCUGCUAGCCUGCUACCAGUUGGCAGCAGGGCGAUGCAGCAGGGGGGCCAGCAGAUGGAGUGCGGCAAGGAGCAGCAGAUGCAGCUCGUGUGCGUGCGGAGCGCGUCGACGGGCGAGGAGGCGAUGGCGGAGUGGGCGGCGGAGCAGUCGUCGUCGCGGUCGGCGCUGUCGCUGUUCAAGGAGAAGGAGGAGGAGAUCGAGCGCAGGAAGCUGGAGGUGCGGGACAAGGUGUUCUCCAUGCUGGGCCGGGUGGAGGAGGAGACCAAGCGCCUCGCCGUCAUCCGCCAGGAGCUCGAGGUCAUGGCCGACCCCACGCGCCGGGAGGUCGACGCCAUCCGCAAGCGCAUCGACAAGGUCAACAAGCAGCUCAAGCCGCUCGGCAAGACGUGCCUCAGAAAGGAGAAGGAAUACAAGAUGUGCCUCGACGCCUACAACGAGAAGAGCAACGAGAAGGCUACGCUCGUCAACAGGCUCAUGGAGCUCGUGAGCGAGAGCGAGAGGCUGCGGAUGAAGAAGCUUGAAGAGCUCAACAAGACGAUAGAGUCCCUCUACUGAUCUGCUCUGCACGCCUCAAGAGAUGACGAUGACGAAGACGACGAUCAGGUAUUAGUCCGGAGGCACCACAGGAGGAGCAGAGCAUGCACUGCUGGUUGCAUGCUACACGGGCAACUUUUUCAUGCGACGUGCGUGCGUGCAUGGUGAUUGAAUUUGUGUUGCUUUACAUUUGUGUGCUAGCUUUGUAAUGGAUGGGCAGACUAGAGAUACUGUUGCACUCUCCGUUCUAGCUGUGCAAAUGGAGAUUCUCAAAAACAAGAUCGAUGUUCUAUGAGUGGAGACUCGAGUGUACUCAAACUGUCGAAUCAAACGAGAUCAUUUACACUUUUAUC